AUGAGUGGGAGGGAAGGGCGUCUUCCUAAUGGAUAUCUUUCAUCUCCUCUUCUCUUCCCAACUUGUGAAAGUGUCCCGAGAUAUUACUCCAGCCAGUGCCGUGUUGCAAGUCAGAACAGCUGUCUUCCAGCUGCAGGGAUGGAAUGGCUUUCGACAACGCUGUGGCUGUUCGUCUAUCUGAGCAUUGCCGUCCUCUGUUUGUACUUUGGGAGCUCGCUUCAUUACAUUAUGACCAGGACUCAUAUCCCUGCGGAAAUUAAUCCGAAUGUGAAACUACGCAUCCUUACAGUCUGCAUGCAUUUCGGACGUCGAUUGUCGGUGUUGGUGGAAAAACUGGGCCUCUGUCACCGUUACGAAGUCUGGCGGUUCUUCUUCAAAGGCAUCCCUCCGAGGAAGAGUUCGGCGGUGGUUACGAAAGAUCUGGAUUUCGAUGGGGUGAACGUGAGGGUCUAUUGGCCCCGAACACUGCCUGCUGGGAACGCGAGAGGAAUGGUGGUCAUUCCUGGAGGGUUUGGGCUGUGCGGAAGUAUCCAGGCGUACGAAAGGAUGAGCCGUUAUAUCGCCCGAGAAAGUAAUACCGUGGUUGUUAAUAUUGGUUUCCGCCUCGCCCCGGAGCAUCCGUACCCAGCCCAAAUCCAGGACUGCUGCAUCGCUACCGAGCACUUUUUGAGGAACGCGGAGGAUUACGGAGUGGAUCCGAACCGUAUCAGCAUCGGCGGAGAAAGCAGCGGGGCCUCGUUUUCCGCAGCCGUGUGCCAGAUCCUGGUUAGAAAGGGGUUCCUCCCCAAGCUCCGGGCUCAGGUCCUCUUGUACCCAUUUCUCCAAGGAGUGGAUUUCAAUUUGCCAUCUUAUCAGCAGAACCAUUCGAUUCCCCUCUUGUUUCGGAAAUUCACCGUCAACCACGGCUCAACGUAUCUGAUCGGGAAAGCCAUUGACGUGGAAGUAAUGAUGAAGGGAAGCUACAUUCCAGAGGAUUUGCGGGUGAAAUACAGAAAGUGGGUGAGCGGGGACCACGUUCCGGAUGAAUUCAAGGUUCGGGGCUACCAGUCAGUGGAACCUGCUCCGUUUUCCAACGAGCAGUACAAAAUGUUGAAGAAAGGCUUUGAUCCUGCCUAUUCGCCGCUUUUAGCCGAAGACGACAUCAUUCGCCAGCUCCCGGAGACGCUCCUCGUAACGUCGGAGUACGACAUCCUCCGCGACGAUGGGCUUUUGUACCGAAAGCGCCUAGAAGGCAACGGCGUGCCGGUAACGUGGCACCACAUUGAGGACGGCAUCCAUGGAAUGACAUUCACAAUCGACUAUGGGUUCCUCGAAUUUCCCAAUGCACGGCGUGGUUUGCAACAUGUGGUGAAGUUCUUAGAAGGGAUGUAACAUUCAAUAGUGUAUUAUAUAUGUUCCCUCCUUCGGAGAGGCCCAACAGUUGGAAAGUUAGGAACGUCCUUACCAUCCCUCCGUUGGCAUAAAAAGAAACGUAGUUGCCGUAGGAUUCGGUUCUAUAAAAAAGUAUAAAUUGUUCUUUCGAAACAGAAAUACCAAGACUGUCAUUCUGGGGAAGGUCAAUGCCAAAUCCCCUCAUGCCCAUGUCAUCUUUAUUUUCCCAUGACGUCUCAGAGGGCCACUUCACCCAGCAAUAGCCAACCCAGUGAGAUCCCACGGAGCCACUUCACCUAGAUACAGCCAACUCCUCACCUAACUCACAAUGUCUCCCUGGCAACAUGGCUCUCUUUUCUUCCUCCCUUCCCCUUAUAUACAUCACAUUUCUUUACCCAUGACAUCCCAGAGGGCCACUUCACCCAAGAACAGCCAAUCCAGUGACAUCAUGAAGGGCCACUUCACCCAGCCACAGUCAAUCCAGUAAUAUCACAAAGCACCACUUCACCUAGCGACAGCCAAAGCAGUGAGAUCACAGAGGGCCACUUCACCUAGGAACAGCCAGCCCCUCAUCUACUUCACAACAUCUCUCUUCACAACAUCUUCACAACAUGGCUUCCUGGUUAUCCUAUAUAAACCAGCGUCUGAACCCAAGGGGCAGCUGGGCUCCCACAGAAGU